GGACGCAGCGAGGGCAAGCUGAAGUCACUCGACGUCAAGCGUCCGAUGUUCCUCGGCAACGUGCCGCAAGCUACGCCCGGGGUCAUGGAAAACAUGGGUGUUAGCCUUGGGCUGGUUGGCUGCAUACAGUCGCUCAAGAUAAACAGUAAGGAGUACGAUCUUGUCUACCCAGGAUCGCUGGAUAUUGAAGAUGGAGCUGAAAUAGGCGAGUGUGGUAACAACCCGUGUGCGAGCCUUCCCUGUCAGAACGGCGGCACCUGUGUCAAACUGGAGGACGAGAAAUUCAAGUGCAUGUGCCAACAGAGUCAUACAGGUGAGACGUGUGAGGAGGAUGUGGAUCCGUGUAGCUCCAGCCCGUGCUACAUGGGAGCAACGUGCAACAGCAUGGAUGAAGGUAGCUUCAGCUGCAAGUGCCCACAAGGCAGAACAGGGGAAUUCUGUGAAGACUUGAUACCGGAAAAACAUCAGACCUCAAUCCCAGAAUUUAACGGCAGAGCCUACAUAGAACAACCAAAACUAGAGGUGACCAGUGACACAUCUCUUACCGUCGAGAUCUGGUUCAUGGCAUACUCACCGAAUGGCAUGUUGCUAUACAACGGGCAGCUUCCCAUGGGCAAGGGAGAUUUCAUUUCCAUCAACCUUGUGGAGGGCUAUGUCAACUACAGAUACAAUCUUGGAAGCGGCACUGCCAACAUUACGAGUCGGAGCCCUUUGACCUUGAAUCAGUGGCACCAGGUCGUUGUGACACGGUACAACCGGCUGGGAACACUGCGUGUCAACGACGAGGAACUCGUAGAUGGAGAAUCUGAUCCUCCGUCGAACGAGCUGAACCUGAAUCAGCCGCUGUACAUCGGGGGUUUCAGCGACCGGAGCCAGCUGUCCUACAUGUCGGGCGUCGUUACGGGUCUCAAGGGUGCCAUCCAGCGAGUCACAGUCAACGGCAUUAUCAUGGGCGACCUGCUAGAGAGCGCCACCAAUCAUUAUGCCGUGACUCGGUAUUUCGGUCCACCGUGUGGGGGAGCUGACGAGAAUCCGUGCAGGAACGGCGGGACGUGCAUCCCAAAUCUCAACGAUUUCAUGUGCAAGUGUUCGCCUGACUACAUGGGGAAGACGUGCGACAAGACUGCAGCCAAUGGAGAAAUGGACAAACCGGUUAUGUUUGAUGGAAAUCUCUUCCUCUACUACCCCAAUCUAGUGACGAGAGACGUGAAAGGACAAAUACAAAAUGACUACAAGCUGAAAUUACGAACAACAGCCGACUCUGGCUUGAUCCUAUGGCAAAACAUGGGCAACACCGUGAGAGGCGACUACUUUGCCAUUCUCCUGGUCGAUGGCUACCUUCAGCUGAACUACAACUUGGGCAAGCAGAAUCCCGCUGACCUGUUCAUCAUACGCUCAACCGUCAGGAUCAAUGAUGGCGAGUGGCACAUGAUCAGAGUAGCAAGAAACAAACGCUAUGGAGCACUAACUGUUGAUUCACACGAGGCAGUGACUGCUACCUCGCCCACGGGGGCUACGCAGCUUGAUACAAAUGGAAUACUGUGGAUAGGCGGUGCCCCAAACAUUCCGACAGAGUUACCUGAACCGUACAAACAAGGUUUUACUGGGUGCAUAGAAGAGGUAUUUGUAGGGGAACAGCAGCUCCACCUGGUGCACGAUGGCCAGAAUGAUGUGCAGACAUUCUGCCAAGACGAAAGAUGAUCGGUGUAUCGAUUUCCCAUUCCCUUUACAAAGCUAUUUCUGACCAGUCUGUGGCAGGCUAUUGCGCUGAGUGGUCAGAGUGAUAUUUAACAUAAUUUCCAAUCAGUCGUAGUUGUCUCUCAUUUGGUUCCUUACCUUUACUUACAUGCGCAUAAUUGUAAUCUUUCCUAUUUAUUUGAGAUACCGUGAAUUGAAUGAAUUCUUAUUUCAGAAGCAUUUUUAUACAAGGUGUUUUUUAUUUAACUGGCAGUGAUUCCAUGAAAACAUCAAUUUUGUUUAUUUUGUAUUUGGACGUGGGUGGAAUGCUGCUGGGAAACUGCUUCACAAUUUUACCUUUUAGCUAAUGUCAUGUGCAUUUAUAAAAGUCAGACUGUGCUAAAAUAACUGCUGAAUGGCAUCAGUGAAUCUGAAAGCUCUAUAUACUAAAAAUGCCAACAUCAACUUGCAGGUAAAGUAUUUAAUACUGGUUUUUUAUCACUUCUAACUGAAGUGUAAGCAGAUGGAUUAGCCCAUGAAACCUGUAUCAUAAAGUAGUAUUUCACAUUCAUUAAGUUUGCUACAUGGAAAUAUCAAUAACUGACGGUAUUGAUAUGUGAAGAAGUAUAAGUUAUGUUCAGUAAUGGAGUCCUUACUCGCAUACACGUUACAUAUGAGGAAUGCAUAUUCGUUUCUUUGAGUAUUUUUUUAUUAUUUAAAAGAGCACGUUUAUCUACCACUUUCCGUUUUGUCAUAUCAGCGUCAUUUUUAAACAAGUUUCUAUAGGUAAACUACAUUGUUGAUGUUGCCAAAUUUGCAGCUAGGUUUGUAUUACAUGUGUAUUAUGUAUUAAGUAUUUAUUUUAGAAGUCGGUGCAUUCAAUUGUUUUGAAAUUCAUAGAAUGCAAUUUCGCGAGCAAUACCUUACGUCUUAUAGUAUCAGGUUUGUGUAUUAUACAGUUUUCAUUAAAAUGUGCUCGUACUGCAAUGCAAGACCACCACCAAUUUCUUCUAUGUGAGAAUAAAGGUCGUUGAUCAUUGUCUACUUAUUACGAACCUAUAUAAAGAUAUCCUCAUCGCUGUGUAAAACAAUAACAAUAACUAUGCUGUCAGUGUUAACGGUUCAAGGAUAAUAAUAGUAAUGACUGGCAUAUUUUAGUAGUGUCCAGCAAUCGUACAAGCAGAUACAGACUUGCCAGGUGUCUAUUUAACUUUCUGGGCAAUUUUCGUACAUCACUCAUGACUGCGUGCAGAUGCAUAUAGACGAGGCAGGUUUUACUUGUGACUCGGUCACAUCAAUGUAGGAAAUUUUUGAUAAUGCAUACGUAAAAGUAACUACGUAAUAGCCAGUAAGUCGUUUGUGCACGAGUCAAGCACAUGGGACUUGUGUGAUGGAGACAGUUAGGGUGACAGAGGUAGCUGCGAGAUGCAGAACGUUUGUGUUCUGCACAAUUGUAAGCUCAGUAUACGAGUACGUCGCUGUAUGGUGCUUUUGCGAUUGAUAGUGUAAUGACAUGUAAAUUCAUCUUGCCAUGGAGCCCACGUGGUCGAGUAACAGACAUACGCAGUACAAACUUGAGAAGUGCUAAUGCAAUACUUGCGUGGUCUGUUCGUGUCAAUAGUGAAGCCUUUAUUAUUUUUUACAAAGGUGCUGAUGUCUGUGUUGUGUAUUGUAUCAUUAAAUGCCAUUAAUUGUCUAGUAAUUGAAUGUGUUAUGAGCUGCAGGUGUCUAACCUCAGCAACAUACCUGUAAACGUGUAAAAAAUUGUGGUUGGUGAUAAAUUGACAUCACCGCGCAGUAAUCAGGCUGCGAUUAAAUUCCAAUCUUGUUCAUAUUCUACUAGUUGGUUCUAGUAGUACGGGUUGAAAAUUAUGGCCACCAUAUUCAUUGUUAUGCAGAUCCUAUUAUACAAUAGAUGACUAGCCUGAUGAUAAUGGAAAGAUCAAUAAUUUUAUCAAGCUGUUUUGUGUUCUGUACAUAAUAAAUUCCUGUAACCUGAAUAAAAGAUGUGGAGUUUCUGUCGUUCGCA